UGGAAAUUUAAAAUAAUUAGAUUUCGAAGAAAUGGACGCGACCAAAAAGCCGCUUCGGAUUUCCCCGGAACUCGGGGUCUACGCGGAGAAACAUGGAAUAUUUCAGAUUCUGCAGAGAAUGCUGCAGUGUCUGCUCGUGGAUAAACCAAAUGAUCCCAUUCAGUAUAUGAUAGAUCAUCUUAAAAAAGAAAAUGAUGAAGUUCCCCGGAUUUUUCUGCUGGGUCCACCUGCUUCAGGGAAGCUUACUAUUGCCAAAUUGCUGUGUGACAAGAUCAAUACGAAUGUUCUUACUUUGGACAAUAUGUUAGCAAGUGAAAAAUCUGAAGUUGCUAAAAAAAUUCACAGAUUAAACAAUGGAAAUAAGGAAAUUCCCAAUACACUAUGGGCAAAGCUGAUCCUAGAACGGCUGUCAAAAAUGGACUGCAUCAAACGGGGUUGGAUCCUAGUGGGUUUCCCAAAAACUAGAGAACAGGCACUUGCAUUACAAGAAAUGGGAAUUGCGCCAGAACAUGUUGUUAUACUCGAUGCUCCUGAUACCGUGUUAAUUGAGAGGAAUCUUGAGAAAAGGAUUGACAUGACUACAGGAGAAAUAUAUCAUACAACCUUCAACUGGCCAACCUCCAGCAAAAUACGAAAGCGCCUAGUGAAACCUGGUGGAACCUCAGAGGAAGAAACUGCAAAGAGAUUAUUAGAAUACCGCAGAGUGAUUCAUGGGGUACUGAAUAGCUACAGUAAAAAAUACCAUAUUAUUAAUGCGGAUCAGCCCAGUGUUGAUGUCUUUUCGCAGACUUUAAGCCAUGUCCAAAGUCGACAUCGAUCCAACGCCCCCUACACGCCAAGAAUUAUUCUUCACGGUCCCCCUGGCAGUGGCAGGAGCCUGCAGGCAGCACUGAUUGCCGAAAAAUAUGGGAUUGUUAACGGAGGGCAGAUGGUCUAUUGCUCAGAAAAUCUGAGUGCUGUCAAAGCCACCUUUGGUCGAAUUAUCAGGUAUGAAAAGAUUGGUAACAGCCUGUAUUUGCAAGUAGCCACAGUUGUCAUCAAACAUUCUUGGGGACAAUAA